AUGUACAAGUUCGAGAGUGGGAACCUUACCCAGCUAUGGGGGGAAGAGCUGAGCGAGACGAUACCUCGGGCAGUCGUCUUCAUCAAAAAGGUGGAGACCCUCGUUGCCUUCGGUAUGGAAUCUGGCACAGUUGUGCAUAAGGAUGCCGAAACAGCUGCGCAGAAGUCAACGUGUGUCUUCUCCUCCAGCAUCAGGAGCGUGGGUGUGUGCCCUACUACGGGCAACUACAUCAUUGACAACAUGAAGACCGGCUUUGACCUCUACACCCCCAAUCGCACUGCGCCAGCACGUUCCUUCGAUCAAGGUGUCUUUGCCGAGAAGGGGAAGGUUGCUGUGUGCGGAAGCGACCACGGCAAUGUAUACGUGUUCGGUGUGACUUCGACAGAGCCACAACAGAUCUUGAAACAUGGAAGAAAGGAAGAAAUGAUCCAGACAGUCAAGGCAGCGAUCACUGGCGAGAAGCACAUCAUUGCGACUGCAUCCUCAGGGAGGAAGUUUGAGAUAAAGGUUUGGGAGAAAGGGAUUCGCAGUGGUAGCACAUCGCGUGAGAGGCAAGAAACUAUCAGCUUCAUGACAGUGCUGAAUGUUCUUCUCUUUGUCGUCCUUUGCUGGAUGACAGCCGGUACCUGGCUCCCACCAGUUGCAGAUGUACAUGAGAAAAUCAAUUUCGUCGCCAUACAGGUAUCCCACAUGCUUAAUUUACAUACCAAUGGUCAGCCAGCUAUUCUGGACGAUGUCAAGAAGGUCAUCACCAGGAUGGACGAAGACAUGUUGAGGAAGGUUCUCCAAAUCAAAUGA